AUGCCAGGCACAGAACCAUUCAAAUUCCUCCCAAAUCGGGUGAACAAGGAAAAUGAACGGGCACUCUGGCAAUAUUUGUACGGAAAAGAGUUUGCCAAAACACGAAAACGAUUCAACCACAACCUGGGAGACACGGUGCGCAUCAGCCAGAUUCGGGGCACGUUCGAAAAAGGGUUUACACCGAUAUUUUCGCGAGAAUACUUCAUCGUCGCCCACAGAAAGAACACCGUGCCGCAAAUGUACAAGCUGCGCGACGAAGAGGGGGAGCUACUUGAGGGCAGUUUUUACGAGUUUGAAAUACAGGGGAUACGGCGGCUGGACGAGCGGCACGCUUUCCUGGUGGACGUGCUGAAAACCCGACGAGGAGGGAAAAAGAAGGAUUAUUUCGUGCACUAUCGAGGCUGGCCAAGCUCGCACGACCACUGGAUUCCGGCCGAUCAUUUGGGAAACGUCCGCGGUCGAUAA